AAAUAUCAUUUUCUUUAAUUUUUCAAUUUGUAUCAAUAAAUGUCAUGUCAAUUUUUAUACGGAGGAAAUAUUUUUGUAUCUACAGCGGUGCACAGAAUAUAUUUGUUCAUUUUUAGAAAUACGGCAGCUAAUUAAGGAUCAGACAUCAAGUCGAAUGGAAGUAAGGUGCAAGGUGAAGAAAAAUUAUGAUUUUAAACACUUACAUUUUAAAAAAGAACUACAUAUUUCCCUUACCAUUCAUUUUAACAAUAUGUUUCAUCGUAUAUAGCUGUGAUAAAAUGAUAAAUGGCAAUCUACGCUCAUUUUCUAAAAAGCUUGAAAAAUCAAUAAUAUCGUAUAAAGCAGUCAUUCCAAGCAUUGUUGUUUUUCGUGGAAAAUCUGAAAAAGUAGUUGAAAAUUGCUCUCAAAUACAUAUUUCCAGUAACAUAUCUUUAUUAUAUUUGAAUGGAUGGCAAAAACUUGAUUCGAAUUUUCAUGUUUUUGCAUAUUCUGCUUAUGCAGACAAAAGGAUAGAAGAUAAUGCCUUUAUUCGAAUUUUAGCUGUGUGUAAGGAAACGCCAGAGGUUUUUUGCAGAAUUUGGCAGAAUGACACUGAAUCUUAUGUAAUUAAAGCGGAGGUGAAAGAAAUGUGGAUUAACUCUUGGGAUUUUGCAAGAAAAGGUCGGUAUUACCAGCCGAUAUUGGUAUCUUGUCCACUGUCGUCAAGUUCAUUACCCAUUGCAGUAUCUUUAGUUUCUAAACCUUGCACGGAGCCUCGAAAUAUUUUCAAAAUUCACUUAGAUGACAUUGAUAAAAAACAGAAUUUCGCCAUCUGUUUGAAGCCACUGUAUUUCAACGAAGACGUAUACCACCGCCUUUUAGAGUGGCUAGAAUUACAAUUCAUUCUUGGGGCUGAUGUUGUUAAUAUUUAUGCAUACAAAUUGCACCCAAAAAUAUGGAAUGCAAUAAACAGCUAUUCAGAAAGCGGGAAAGUAAUAGUAAAAAAUUUCUCUCUGCCAGUUGACACUUAUGAAAUGCUAUUGAGACAAGAUAAAACAAUGGAAAGACUAUGGCAAAAACGCAGAUAUGAAAUGAUAGUUUACAAUGAUUGUUUCUACAAGCAUAUUCAUUCGCAUAAGUAUGUCAUAAAUUUAGAUUUGGAUGAGGCAAUAGUUCCUAAGUUUCAUAAUUCAUGGGUACAUCUGCUGGAAAAUGCAAGUCUUGAAAAUCCAAAUCUUAAAAGGUCUGCUUCCAUUUCUGUAGCGAAUGUUUAUUUUUUCGAUUCUUUCGGCUCUGUUACGGACAAUGCUAUUCCAGUCUAUAUGCACAUGCUACGACAUAUAUACAGAUCAGCUAAUUUUACACCCCCUGGAUUUGCUCAAAAAAGUUUCUUCUCAACCGAUUAUUCGUCAAUAGUGUCAAAUCACUACACCAUACGGACAAUACGUACCGGAAUUCGUAUGAUUUCGACCAUUGACAAAAAGCUUGCACAACUGCAUCAUUAUCGUGUUUCAUGCCCCCCUCUAAUGGAAGAAGACUGCAAGAAAAAUUACAUGAAAUACAAGAGAAAAGAUCCCACACUGUGGAAAUUUAAAGACAUACUAAUAAAAAACGUGAAAAAAAAGAUAAGAGAUCUGAACUCCAUAGAAGAUAGUUGAAUUUUUUUUUUUUACAAUAGAACUUCCAUUUACCUGGCUCUCCCGAUGCGGAUUAAAUGUAUAGCCUUUUAAUCUAAAUUGUCUGUUCACAAAUUAAGUUAUGAAAGCAAGAAUGUUGCUAUAAAUACAUCAAGCAUUUGUUUUUUAUUUUGUUAAAUGUGCAGCUCCUGCAUAUACAGUGAAGCACCGUUUAUGCAUUUCCGAAGGGACUGUAUGAAGAAAGCGUAUAAAUGAAAAAAGAAAAAAAACCUGUAUAAUAGGUAUAGGUUAAUAUGUGUUAAACUCUGCAGGGACCAAAUUAAAAAAACCUAUAAAAGAGAAAUGUAUAAAUGGUGUUUCACUGUUUUGUGUAAUAAAU